UUCUGCACUUUCACCAGAUUACUUCUUGAGUUGCAAUCUUACAAAACGUCUGUCUAUACUUCGAGCACCAUGCCGAGCUUUUUGUCUUUUGUUCGGGACCAGUAUACCCCACUCGCAUUACCGCAGACUCCGACCGAUAUUGCGGAUAGAACCUACAUCGUAACAGGCGCGAACACGGGGCUUGGUUACGAAUGCACCAAGCGCCUAUUCCUGAUGGGCGCUGGGCGAGUCAUUAUAGGAGUUCGGUCCACGGAAAAAGGUGAAGCAGCAUUGACAAAGAUCCGGAACGAGACUGGCCGUCAAUCAGUCGGUGAGGUCUGGGAGCUCGAUCUUACGUCCUUGACUUCAGUCGAAACGUUUUCGAAGCGUAUCGAUCGACUGGACAGAUUGGAUGCUGUCAUAGAGAAUGCUGGCAUGGUGGCCGGGCACUUCCAACUCGUUGACGGCAUCGAGUCUUCUUUGUUGGUCAACGUUGUUGCCACUAUGCUGCUUGCCUUUCGCGCACUGCCUAAGCUCCAAGAGUCCGCCCGAAAUUUCCGCAUUCAGCCCAAUCUCGUGAUUGUAUCGAGUAAUUCCGCAAUUGAUAAGGCUAUGAAUCCCAGUGAGGAAGCUUUGCGAACGGAUAUCUUCGACGCUCUCAGUACGCAAAAGGGUUUUAACGUCAUGACUCAAUACCCCAAAACUAAAUUACUGGAAAUAUAUGCGGUUCGCAAGCUAGCUUCACUCUUAUCCGUAUCCGUGUCGAGUGUCACGAUCAAUGCCGUGAACCCUGGCCUUUGCUACUCGGAGCUGGACAGGAAUGGCAGUUUUAGCGUGAGAUUGCUGCUAAAAAUCAUGAGAGCGUUGCUUGCAAGAUCGGCAGAAGAAGGUAGUCGGAAUCUUGUGCAAGCUGCUUUCGCUAGCACUGAGGCCCACGGAACUUAUUUUUCGGAAUGUCGGAUUAAGGAGGACGAUAUCCCAACCUGGAUGACUAGCAAGGAAGGCGAGUGCACACAAAAUCGGGUAUGGGAGGACCUGUUGAAGAGGCUGGAGUCUAGUGGCCACAGCGUGGAUAUCGCAGCUCUGGCAGUGGGAAAAUGA